AUGGAGAUAGCCUCACUUGAAAACCCUGUUAUACUAUAUGCCACAAUUUGGCCGAUAAGCUCCCCGAUAUUGCUUAAUGAUGCAUCAAUGACAUUCCCGUCUCCUUACACAACCCAACAAACACAGCAACAUCUAUUCUACCCCAAAACUCUCAACAUAAAGGCCUCUAUUUCUCUUGUAGUUCUCGCCUUGGCUGCUUUUGGCAUGGGCUCUGCGAUUGAAAGCCGCCAGAAUACCUGGGGUCCUUAUACCUGUCCCACUCGGGAGCAAUGCGAAGCUUCGUGCGAAGCUGCUGGACUUGCACGUAUUUCUGUUGAUGUAGUGUACGCUGCCAGCGACUGUAACAAUGCAUGGACCAACUGUGCUUGCGAUUAUUAG